GUAAAUAAUGUAAAAUAAGGCCUCAAACACAUAAUUUGAAGUUAUUAGGUGAGGGUGAUGAUGUGGCACUCCUCACAAGUAUUGAGGGAGAGAAGAACAAGAAGAGUGUGUGUAUCGACACACACACCCUGCAUGAUUUAACUCACUAAAACAAUACAUUUUCACUCUAUUUCUAUACACAGUCAAAAACUCUAAUUCCUCUGGCACCAUGGCAUCUCUUCCUUCUCUUCCUGCACUCCCCAUUUCAUACCUAAGCCUGCUCUUUCUUCUACGCAUUCUACCGACUACCAUAUCACAAGGCCUGAUCUCCUCGAGCCCUGGCAUAGCUCAAUGCACGGCAAGCCUUCUUCCGUUGGCUUCAUGUGCACCGUUUGUGCAGGGUAUCGCCUCAGUGCCAGCCAUGGCAUGCUGUGAUAACCUGAAGCAACUUUACACCAAUGUCCCUUACUGCCUCUGCAUCUUGCUCAAUGGCACUACCUUAAGCUCCUUCCCUUUAAACACUACUAGAGCUCUUCAGCUGCCUGAUCUUUGCAGCCUUCAAGUCAACAUCUCCACUUGUUCAGGCACAACUGUUCUUGUGCCACCUAGUUCACCCAGUUCUCCAGUUUCUCCUAGUGCAAACACCAACUCCACAGUCUCCAAUGCUACAGUUUUGGCUUCUCCAGUGGCUCAACCAGCACCAAAACCGAGCAUUCUGGGGUUAGGGAUGGGCAGGAUUAGUGCUAGUUUCAAACCAAGGAUGGCAAUUGAGUUCACAAUUGCGAUUGCUAUGAAAACUUUUCUGUUUCUUGUAUUGCCUUAGUGAGUUCAUGUUCGACUAUUAUAUAUCAUGUAUUGGUUGGUUCAGCCACUGCCAUAGGAAUUAGGUAGAUGUUAAAAUGCACUUCAACAUUAUAUGCUCUUUUCUAUUAGGCUUUUACCAGAUUGCUUUGGUUAGAUGCUAUCUUUACAGAAUAACAUUAUCUUUUGAGCAUUAUACCAUUUGCACCCGACCA